UCAGAAUGUGAUCGCAACCAUCAAUCAAUGACGGUAACAUUCAUCUGACCAAAGCAGACAAUGCGGUCACAAGCUUCAAAACCUGUACCUAAGAAAGGGGAUUUAAAAACAACUUUAAAGGCAUCAACUUCGAAACAAAAUAAAAAGAAGAUUGCUACUUCGAAAAAUAAAAAAUUGGUAGGUAAGUCUUUAGCGAAAGGUCAGAAGAAGAACAGCAAAGAUGAUGUUGCAACUAAAAAUGAUGAAGAGUCUACAGUUAAUAAAAACGAAACAACUCCAGAUACAGCCAAGGUUGGUACGUCUAGAACACGAAGCGACUCGCCAGCUAAAAAAGCAAAGAAAGAUCCUAAGGAGAAAAAAGAUACGGUUAAAACUACUGCUGAAACCAAUGUAAAGAAAACUGCUGUUAAAAAACCUGUUAAGUCAGAGAACAAAGGAAAGACUACCAACGCACGUGCAUCAAAAGUUGGAAAAAAUAAUGACCCAAAGUACAAAGCAAAAACUGAAGCAGCUAAGAAAACACCAACCAAAUUUUCAAAGGUAAAAACUGUUAUCAAAAAGGGACGACAGGAAAUCAAAAGAAAAAAUCCAUCAGCAAGGCAAGAGCCUCAAAAAGAGCAUAGCGAAAUUGAAAACAAAGAUAAUAAAAAUAGUUGCGAUAAGAAUAAAAGUAAUCAGGAGAAGAAACAGGAAAUAGAGCAAAUUAAAAAAGAUGAUAUGAUUAAAGAACCUAAGGAGACAAUAAGGGAUGACUCGUGUGUUGACGGGGGCAGAAAAACAGAGAUCAAAAUUAUUACUGAGAAUUCGCCUGAUAAUAAUUCUUCUAAAGCAUCUCCUACCACCCCUACAGAUACCCCGAAAACUGAGACCGAAAGGCCUCCGAAAUUUUUUACUUCAAGUCGAUCUCCAAGGACUGUAGACAUCGAUGUAAAAUGUUUAAAAAAUUCAAAAGGAAACCUAAGUGUUUCUGAGAGGUUUUUGUCAAUGAAAUUUGAAACUAAAACUGAUGACAAUUGCAAAGAAAAUGCUUCAAACACGCUAGUUUCUCAAGGCCCAGACAUUGAUGUGUACACAUUUACUGAGAAAGUUGAUUCUCCAAAAAGUAUUUUAUCAGACUUUCGAAGUCCUAUAAAUAAAAAUGUCGGGCGGGUGCGCCCGAUAGCAAGAGUAAAAGGAACCGUUAUUGAUAAAAAGACCGAAUCGGAAAAGAAAAAAUAUUCGCCACAUCGACCCAUCGAAGAAGUAGUUAAGCAGUUAAAAGCUAAUAAGAGGUCUGAAGAAAUAACUACACUUGAGAACGAAAAUACCGAUGUCGCUACUUCAAGCGUAGAAGCAACCAUUAUCGCUAGUGAGACAGAACAUGACGAUAAACCAAAACCAAUAGUAAGUAAAUCUUAUAAAAUGGUUGCCAGAAAAUCAAGUGUAACUGGAAAGCCAUUUAGUCCAAUAAAAUUUUUGGAUACGGAACCAACACCGAAUAAAAACGAAAAAUCAUGUAAAUCUAAUCAACCAGUAAAAAAAUCUCCUGUUAAAUCGAAGAAACCUAUCAAAAAAAGUAGUUCAUCUGAUGAUGAACUUGACACGUCAAAAUUUUCGCUUAACACCAAAACAUUUAAUUAUUCUUCAUCGGAAGAAAGUGUUAACGAGUCUAAUGACGAUAAUGAAACCAAAGAGUCUUCAGGAUCAGACACGUCUAGAAAUAAAAAGCAAAGGAAUAAAAAGUAUAAGAGGAUAACUGACAGCGUAAAGAAAACAACUUCUAAAGAAUUAAAAGAGCUGUCGAAAGAUUCCUUAAUUGACUUAAAAGAUGACUGUGCUCUUUUGGGUGGGGAAAAACCCAGUAAGAGGCGUCUUAAGCUCUUAUCCAUGUGGACUGGGCCUAAAAAACAUAGAAUGGCCUCCUUAAAUGCUAUAGCUAAAGUCCACUGCCUUUAUGAAAAUGAAAGCAGGUCACAUAUGGAGCUGGGCCUAAUGAAAACGGUGGAUAGACAACUGUUACCUAGCACGUCAAAAGCCCCCCUAUCUAAAAAGAAGGAAUCUAAACCGAAAGAGGAAAAACAAGAAAGUACAUCUGAGUCCGAGUACGAAAAUAAAAAAGAAAAGAAAGAUGAAACUUCUGAAAGUUCCGACGAUAGUCCGCCACAAAGGACACUACGUGGAGUACCAGGCAUCAGAAGCGCUGGCAAAUACUGGGAUCCAAAAUCGUCUACAUCUUCCAGUGAAGAUAGCGAACAAGACACGAAAAAGAAGGCCGGACCAGAUAAAAAGAAAAUCACCAAAACACCUACUAGCAAAUCCGAUUCUGAUAAACCACCGGCAAAAAUGAAAAAGACAGCUGGCGUGCCUGUAAAGAAAAAACGAAAUAGAAAUGAAGUUGUUAUGGAUCUGAAAGACAUGGUCGUGCAAAAACGUAUGGCCAGUCUAAAUGCCACAGCUAUCUUGGCCGCUAGUUAUGAAAAACGGUCGCCUAAAUCUAAUAAAGAUGAAACAACGUCGGACUCCUGCAGUGAUGAAUCUUUUUCUCAAAAGCCAAAAAACGUAGCAGCUUCCGGCGUUAAGUCGGAAUCAAAAAACGAAGAAACUAAAAAAGAAGUGGAUGAUGCCGCGUCGGCGGACCGAAAGCAGAAAAUGGAAUUUAUAGUCAAUCAAGAUACUGAUGUGACGAUAACCGGUGUUUAUUCUACACACCAUCACGAGGGAUUCUGUACUGUGUCGGGUAUGCAGUAUCGUAUAUCUUCUACAAGCCACACGCAGACUACGGCGACAGCUAAUUGUGAGAAGGAUGGUUGUCCGAGGGAGGACGGGGCGCGGUAUACUCCACUCUCGGCGCUGUCUUCUAUGCAGCCGCCUGCUGAACACACUCAUAAUCAUCCUCAUCCAGUUCCGGAGCUGGGCGGGCUGGCGCGCCGCGCGGGGUGUUCCAGCGCGUUCUCAGCACCAUCGCCGGCGGCGCAUCACGAACCAGGUUAGUGUACACCUCGACAGCCCCUCCC